AUGACGGAUAUUGAGUCGCGAAGUGUUGAAAUCACCCCCACCGAUAGUGAUACCAACCAAGAGGACCCGUCAACGGUGGGGGAUUUGGAUGAGCCGAGCGCGGAGCCUGUGCAGGAGUAUGAAUUGAAGAUGCCACCUGGGUUGGCCCUGUUGAUCGAUGCGUAUAAUCAAGUUAACGACCAAGUUUUGUCGAAGCAGAAGGAUGAAAAGAAGGUGGAAACUGAGAUGGAGUCGACUGCUGACAUGGAGGAAAAAACAACUGAUACGGAGCUGCAAAGUCGACUUCACAAACUGCGUGAGUCGAUUAAGUUGGAGAAGGAGAAGAGGGACGCCGCAGUUGCUGCGGUAAUUGUUUGUGGGUACGCUCAGAAGAAGGAGGAGUUCGCUCGUGAGGUGGAGAGCAUGGGAGCGUCAGAUGCGUCCAAUGAACAAGAGGACUUGCACGCAAAAUGCGCAGGCAUUGCCGCUCAACUGGCCGACAAGGAGAAAGAGCUAUCGAGGCUGCAGAAACAGCUCGAGUCCGUCAGAUCGUUGGAGGAGAGCUACAGCGACCUCGGACAGCGAGAGGCACAGGAUCUGUCAAGCAAGAUCGGGCUGGAACGAGCUUCGAAGGUGGCACUGGAGACUGAGCGUCAGAAGAUUUUCACGCGACUGCUGAGGACGAGUUGCCAGAUCCAAGAGUUCGUGGCGAAGGAGCUGUCGAGCAAGGCGUAG